AUGGGGGAGCGGCGCCUGGGGAGAGGGGCUUCCCUGGUGCAGGCGGCCCCGGCCUCUGGCAGGAAGCGGGGCAGCGCUUGCCUCUCGCGCCCUCAGGCGUGGGCUCUGUCCCUGCAGAGAGGGCCCCAUGCAGGGUGCCGGGGCUCCCGUCCUGGCAGCCACGGGGGUGCUGGCGACCGACAGGGCCCGGGCCUGUGCCGGGGUGAGAUCGAAUUCGGAGGCUCCGGGAAGAAGCGAGGCAAGCACCCUGUGCCCAGCGGUGUGGCCCCGUCUGUGCUCUUUGACCUUCUGCUGGCCGAAUGGCACCUGCCGGCCCCCAACCUGGUGGCGUCGCUGGUGGGCGAGGAGUGGCCCUUUGCCCUGAAGCCGUGGCUGCGGGACGUCCUGUGCACGGGGCUGGUGAAGGCGGCUCAGAGCACACGUUCCUGGAUCCUGACCAGCGCACGCCAUGUGGGCCUUGCCCGGUACGUCGGUCAGGCUGUGCGUGACCACUCACUGGCCAGCACGUCCACCAAGGCCCACGUGGUGGCCAUCGGCAUCGCCUCAUUGGGCCGCGUGCUACACCGUCAGCUUCUGGACGCUGCCCAGGAGGACAGCCCUGUCCACUACCCCAUGGACGAUGGUGGCAACCAGGGCCCCCUCUGCCCCCUGGACAACAACCACUCCCACUUCAUCCUGGUGGACCCGGGCACCCCUGGGAAGGUCAACGAGCCCACAGAGCUGCGGCUGAGGCUGGAGAAGCACAUCUUGGAGCAAAGGACCGGCUACGGGGGCACCAGCAGCAUCGAGAUCCCCGUCCUGUGCCUGCUGGUCAAAGGUGACCCCAGCACCCUGGAGGUAGGCAGGGCCGGCAGGAUUUCCAGGGCCGUGGAGCACGCCGGCCCGUGGCUGAUCCUGGCAGGCUCGGGGGGCAUCGCCGACAUGCUUGCUGCCCUGAUGAACCAGCCCCACCUCCUGGUGCCCCAGGUGGCCGAGAAGCAGUUUAGAGAGAAGUUCCCCAGUGAGAACUUCUCCUGGGAGGACAUCGUGCACUGGACAGAACUGGUAUGCGCCGCCCGAGACAGGCCCUCAGGCCUGGGGGCGGAGCCUCGGUCUGUGGGUGGGGUUGCCCUGGGCCCAGCGGGAAGAGGGCUGGCAUUCUCACUGGGGGACGUGGGGUGGUAUACCACGUGCCCGGCCCAAGGCGCCACCUCGGGGCCUUUGUCCAUCCUCAAGGCCUUGGUGAAAGGGGCAGGGCCGCUGCCUGGGGGCUGUCAGUGGCCGGGAGGGACCCCUGGCAUGGCUGCACUCCGCUGUGUGUGUGGGCGUGUGAGCGAGCGUGCUAGUGUGUGGGCGUGUGUACCGGUCACUGCUCGCUUCGGCCGUGGCAGCACGUCCUGCAAGAGCCGCAGCCAGGAGGCGCAGGACUACCCGGAUGAGCUGAAGCUGGCCGUGGCCUGGGACCGCGUGGACAUCGCCAGGAGCGAGAUCUUCAACGGGGACGUGCAGUGGAAGUCCCGCGACCUGGAGGAGGUGAUGACGGACGCGCAGGUGAGCAGCAAGCCCGAGUUCGUGCGCCUCUUCGUGGACAGUGGCACCGACGUGGCGGACUUCCUGACGUACGCGCGACUGCAGCAGCUCUACCGCUCGGUGCCCCUCAAGAGCCAGCUCUUUGACCUGCUGCAGCACAAGCACGAGGAAGGCUGGCUGAUGCGGGCUGGGCUGGGCGCCCAGCAGGCCCGGGAGCCGCCCGCCUUCUCCCUGCAUGAGGUGUCGCAGGUGCUCAGGGACUUCCUGCAUGACGCCUGCCGUGGGCUCUACCAGGCGGUGGGCUGUGAGCAGGCGGCGGGGGGCGGGCGGGGCCGCACAGGACCCGGCCCUGCGGCCCACGUCACAGGCCCGAAGGGGCUGCUGGGCCUGAACCAGAGGAGAGAGAGGCCCUGGAGGGACCUGUUCCUGUGGGCGACGCUGCAGAACCGCCACGAGAUGGCUACCUACUUCUGGGCCAUGGGCCAGGAGGGCGUGGCAGCCGCUCUGGCCGCCUGCAAGAUCCUCAAAGAGAUGUCCCACUUGGAGACGGGAGCCGAGGUGGGCUACACCCUGCGUGAGGCCAAGUACGAGCAGCUAGCCCUGGACCUCUUCUCCGAGUGCUACUGUAACAGCGGGAAGUGCGCCUUCGCCCUGCUGGUGCGACGGAACCGCUCAUGGAGCAGGGCCACGUGUCUGCACCUGGCCACCGAGGCCGACACCAAGGCCUUCUUUGCCCACGACGGGGUGCAGGCCUUCCUGACCAAGAUCUGGUGGGGGGACAUAGCCUCGGGCACGCCCAUCCUGCGGCUGCUGGGUGCCUUCCUCUGCCCGGCCCCCGUGUACACCAACCUCAUCACCUUCAGUGAGGAGGCCCCUCUAAGGACGGGCCCAGAGGACCUGCAGGGGCUGGACAGCCUGCACACGGAGAAGAGGCUGCUCCGUGGCCCGGGCAGCCGGGCGGAGCAGCUGGCCAAGGCGCCAAGGACUCAGAGUGGCCGAGGCCCAUGAGCCGCCUUCUUGCUCACGCGCUGGCUGAAGUUCUGGGGGGCGCCCGUGACUGUGUUCCUGGGGAACGUGGUCGUGUACUUUGCAUUCCUCUUCCUGUUCACCUACGUCCAGCUGGUGGACUUCAGGUCCCCUCCCCAGGGGCUGUCGGGGGCUGAGGUCACCCUCUACUUCUGGGUCUUCACACUGGUGCUGGAGGAGAUCCGGCAGGGCUUCUUCACAGAUGAGGACACGCAUCUGGUGAAGAAGUUCACUCUCUACGUGGAGGACAACUAGAACAACUGUGACAUGGUGGCCACCUUCCUGUUCAUUGUCGGUGUCACCUGCAGGAUGCUGCCCUAGGUGUUUGAGGCCAGCCGCAUGAUCCUCGCCAUCGACUUCAUGGUGUUCACGCUGCGGCUCAUCCACAUCUUUGUCAUCCGCAAGCAGCUGGGCCCCAAGAUCAUCAUCGUGGAGCGGAUGAUGAAGGACGUCUUUUUCUUCCUCUUCUUCCUGAGCGCGUGGCUUGUGGCCUACGGCGUGACCAGCCAGGCGCUGCUGCACCCCCAUGACAGGCGCCUGCAGUGGAUCUUCCGCCGUGUGCUCUACCGGCCGUACCUACAGGUCUUCGGGCAGAUCCCACUGGACGAGAUCGACGAAGCCCGUGUGAACUGCUCCGUGCGCCCCCUGCUGCUGGAGGACUCAUCCUCCGGCCCCAACCUCUAUGCCAGCUGGCUGGUCACCUUCCUGCUGGUCACCAACGUGAUGUUCGUGAUGCUCCUAGCCAUGCUCAGCUACACGUUCCGGGUGGUGCAGGGCAACGCGGACACUUUCUGGAAGUUCCAGCCCUACCACCUCACCGUGGGGUACCACGAGCGCCCUGCCCCGGCCCCGCCCUUGAUCCUCCUCAGCCACCUGGACCCGGUGCUCAAGAGGUUCUUCCGGAAGGAGGCCCAGCAGAAGCGGGCGCGCCUGGAGAGGGACCUGACGGAGCCCCUGGACCAGAAGAUGGUGACCUGGGAGGCGGUACAGAAGGAGAACUUCCUGAGUGAGCCGGAGAGGCGAAGGAAGGACAGUGGGGAGGGGCUGCUGCGGAAGACGGCCCACAGGGUGGACUUUGUAGCCAAGUACCCCGGGGGCCUGAGAGAGCAGGAGAAGCGGGUCGAGCGUCUGGAGUCUCAGGUCAACUACUGCACGGUGCUUCUCUCCUCCAUGGCCGACACGCUGGCCCGCAGGGACAGCUACUAG